AUGCCUGCGCCGAAGCAAAGAAAGGUAGCCAUCGUCGGUAGCCGAUCCGUAGGAAAAUCUUCCCUUGCGGUACAAUUUGUCGACGGACACUUUGUAGAUAGCUACUACCCAACGAUCGAGAAUACCUUUAGCAAGACAAUUCGGUAUAAAGGCCAGGACUAUGCCACAGAAAUUGUCGACACUGCUGGUCAGGAUGAAUAUAGCAUCCUGAAUUCCAAACAUUUCAUUGGAAUCCAUGGUUACAUGCUUGUGUAUUCAGUCUCGUCUCUUCCCUCAUUUGAAAUGAUCCAGGUUAUCAGGGAAAAGAUCCUCAAUCAUUUGGGGAGCGAAUCUGUCCCUAUUGUCAUAGUCGGCAACAAGAGCGACCUACGACCUGAACAACGCCAAGUGAGCCCAGAGGAAGGAAAGAAGCUGUCGGACAAGUUCCAAUGUGGCUGGACAGAGGCAAGCGCGCGAUAUAAUGAAAAUGUUGGUCGCGCGUUCGAACUGUUGAUUGCCCAGAUUGAGAAGUCACAGAACCCGGGCGAGGCCCCAGAAAAGGGCAACUGUUCUCUAAUGUAA